AGGAAGUGGACAAACACUUUCACACCACUGUAUAUAUUAACAUUACAAUCCUGUUGAGUCAGUGCUUUACAAUUAUUGAUGGUGUGCAGGGGUUGAUACAAAUCAUUCAUCAAUUAUUUAUUGGACAAUUUUGCAGCUUUAAUUGACCAACCAAUCUGUUUGUGGUUUCACAAACACAUGGACCAUUAAAGACACAGAAACAAGAUCAACAACAUCAUGACAGGACACCAGAAGAGGAGCGUUAAAGGCUCAGUUCACCCAAAUGACUAAAAUAUAUUUUCUCCCUUACCUCUGUCUAACCAUGUGGUUUGCUUUUAUUUGUUCAGCAUUUUUUAAAUGCUCAAAGCAUUGAAAAAAAAGAAUUUACCGAAACUUAACAGCCACACUUUUUUGCGAAAACAACGGCCCCCUUUACUCUGGAAAAUCCGCAGAUCACACAGUAUUAUUUCUUUGUUCCAAGGAAAACUGCUCAGUGACAUUUGUAGAUUAUGCAAAGAUAUAUUGCUUUUGAAACUUAUUUUCAAGUAAUUUUGCAAAGGUGUAAUGAAACUCUGUUCAUACUCCAACACUUUUUUGGAGCAGAGGCAGAGAUUUCUCAAAUAGAGCCAAAACUAUCUGUGUGGCUAGAUAAAUGUUUUUAUAUAUUUAUCUAUUUGUAAUUUGAGUGUUGUGUUGUUGGAUGAAAAAACUGUAACCCUAACCUACUGGAUGAGUCACCUCUUGAGAUGGUGACUCAUCUCAAGAGUCACCAUCAAAGCUUUCUGCGAUACAAUGAGUUGAUCAAACUGUUGUAUUUACGACGAUCCUUAAGAUGCGUUUCUGCAUGUAAAUAUGAAUCAUGUGUAACUGGGUGAGAACUGUCUACCGAAGCCUCUUCUAUCUCUAUAUCAUCGCGUUUGUGUGAAGUUGACCUCCUGACUUCCUGCCACAGAUUACUCAGCGAUGACACCAACAUCGGCAGAUGAGACUUGAAUUGAAAGGAACAAAAACGUUUGUUUUCCUGUUUGUCUGUCGCUCAGAGCAUCCCAUCCAUCGUGUCAUGCUGCAGAGUGGUUCAGUAUAUCAAAGACAGCCCGCCUCUCAGUUCACAGCUGUGCGCAACGACAUCAAAUUACAUCUGGAUUGCUGGAAAGCAGAGGGGAUGGGACUACCAGAGAAAAUACCCCUGCUGAUUCGUAUCUUUAGUUACAGGGAGUUAAAGAGGAUAUCGAUUCCCAAAACCACAACAAACCGAAGUUAACGUCGCUAACAAACAUCAGCCUGUGGGUGUAUUUGGAGAUGGAAAGCCCGAACUUUACGCACGGAUCCAUGUCUGUAAACGAGACGCAGGUUCAGCCUGCACAUGCGACCAAGGUCGAGACAGCAAUGGCUUUACCGAUUUUUAUGUUUGCUGGAGGCGCCAUUGGAAAUUUAAUUGCAAUAAUCGUACUUUCAGUAUCAAGACAGGAGAGAAAAUCUUCAGCUUUCUACACGCUGGUUUGUGGUCUGGCGGUGACGGACCUGCUGGGCACCUGCCUGGCCAGCCCGUUCACCAUAGCCAACUACCUGAACCGAGAUGUGCUGGGGAAUCAACAUUUCUGCGAGUUUCACUCCUUUUUGUUGCUGUUUUUUGGUUUAACGGGACUGAGCAUCAUAUGCGCCAUGGCAGCAGAGCGUUACCUGGCUAUAUGCUGCCCAUACACCUACCAGCGGUGGGGGGUGGACCGACGCUUUGCGCAAAAGUUCCUUUUCUUCAUUUACAUCAGUCACAUUUUCUUCUGCUGCCUCCCGAUGAUGGGCAUGGCGAGUAGCCAGCUGCAGCCGUCCAGCACCUGGUGCUUCAUCGACUGGAAGACAGAAGAGCCUGUGGCCGCCGCUUACUCCGUCCUGUACGGCGUCGUCAGCCUGCUGCUCAUCCUGGGCACCAUCGUGCUGAACCUGGCGGUGUGCGGAGCGCUGCUGCUGAUGCGGCAGAGGACCGUGCAGCGGCCCGUCACCAGAGCCAGCGUCCGGGAGAGGUGGAGGGCUCUGUCCUCGGCCGCAGAGACCCAGAUGAUCGCGGUGCUGGUGAUGACCUCCGUGGUGGUUCUGGGCUGUUCAGCCCCGCUAGUGGUCCGUGUGUUUGCCAACUGCUUCAUGCUGAAAAAUGACCCCAAAGCUGACCUGGCUGCCAUCCGGAUAGCUUCGGUUAACCCCAUCCUUGACCCCUGGAUCUACAUCCUCCUCAGGAGGUCUCUGUUCCGCCGGUUACUCAGUUUAUCCAGGGGAGGCAGCAGCACUCACAGUAGUUCACCUUCUGAAACACAAAGGAAUCUGUUUUAUCCUGAUCUCGUGACGGGCAGCCACGUGCUCACCCAGCUGAUGUACAACGCAAACGUCAUCACUCAGCUGUCUGCCACCGUCAAAGUCACUCCGCACGACACAGAGAGCCUCCACCAGACUUAAAACAGACUGAAGACAGACUGAAGACAUGUUCGACAUCUCUGAAUGUCUGCAGCCUUCUCAUGCUGCAGGCAGCUAGAUGCAGGGCCAGAAACUGUUUCAGAGCUGUUGUCAGUGGGAUAGAAAGACUGUGACAACUUUGUUGGCUCACAGCUGGACGGGACCCUCAGAGCUCCUGGAGGACUAUUUGUUAAAUAAGGGAGGGCGGCUCUGACUGCAUUUAUGUAGACGUCUCCUGCAGUGACACAGGACAGAUGAGAAAAAACUAUUCCACUCGGAUGUUAUUACCGAAGUGCAACAAUAAGACGUGACCAAGCCUUUAUUUUGUGCCUUUCAUUGUCAACCAGCCUCUCCUCAUCCAGUCAAUGCUCUGGUUUCCUCCUUACCAUCACGCCCCGUUUAAAGUUGCACUUUUCCUCAUUCUUUCUCUUGCUCACCAAUCAUCACCUCACCCCCAGCUCCUCCUUCCACCAGAUCAGCCAGUCCUCCAGUUUAUGUGAGUGAAUCAGCGACAGGAUUAGUGUCCAGCUCCUGCAGAUGGAUCUAUAAGGCAGUGUUCAACUGACCAGUGACUCUCUGAAGAUUCAGUGUUGGCGUCUUUUGUCUCUACUGUUUGACUGUUUUAUCUUGAAUAGAACACAUGUCGCUGCGUACACACUGACGCAUCAGUAUUAAUUCAUAUAACAAUAUAUCAAUCACAGGGGACAUCUUUCUGCAAACAAGUACUUUUGAUACUUUAAAGUGGCCAUUUUAUGUUUUUGGGGGUUUCCCCUUUCCUUUAGUGCAUUAUAUAGCUUUUUUGUGUAAAAGGUCUGCAAAGUUACAAAGUCCACGCCUUAGGGAGUUACUGUGUCCCACAGAAAACACUGCUCCUGGCAGAAACGCCUCGUUUUUAUUCACCCUUUUCUUCUGUUACACGUCUAUGUCACUAUGUAACACCUUCUAACACAUCUGCAUAAUGCCUGCCUAGCAACUGCCUAGCGAGUGACAACAUAGUGGGCCAGCUGACCAAUCAGAGCAGACUGGGCUUUUUAGGGAGCUAAAACUGAGCGUUUCAUAGAGAGGGUGAAUACAGGUACUGCAGCAAUGUACAAUAAGAGAAAAACUGUGUUUCUUGAACAAUAAAGCAUGUAAACCUAUUCUAGCAGGACCCACAAAUAAAAGUAUGAACCUGAAAAUGAGCAUAAUAUGGCCUCUUUUAGUACAUUUUGCUGAUAAUACUUCUGUACUUAAGUAUGAUUUUGAAUGCAGGACUUUUAUUUGUAAUGGAGUAUUUUUACAUGGUUGUAUUGGUUUUACUUAAGUAACUGAGUUGAAUACUUCUUCAUUACAUUUUACCUUAAUGACUGAUUUAAACUCAACCAACUGAUAAUGGCAAUGAUUGUUGCUCUACAGUUUUCUGUUUGUGGUCCGUCUGAAUUUGAUUUGUUUCAAAUUCACAAAUGCUGCAGAUGGAAAACGUAGUGCUCUAUGAGACAAAAAGAUUCAAAACUUCUACUACUGUGCAUGUCAUACACUGGAAAGAGCCACUGUGGUUCAGUGAGGGGGAGGGGUGACAUCAUGAACAGGAAAGGGAUUUUGAUUGAACGCCAUCUGAAGGACUUUGCAGACUUCUUUCUUUCCCCAAAAAGUUCAAGGAAGAUCUGCACUGAAAACAUGUGUUGAUAAAAGACUGGAAUGAGAAGGUGAUGCAUUAUUUACUCAGGAUUACUUGUAAACAUCGCUUCUAGCACAAAUAUGAUCAAGUAUGCAUGAAAUACUUUACAAGUCUUGAAAAAGUGCUCACAUUCAUUUUAAAAGGCCUCGCUGCUGCGAAGCUGAAAUUGAUGCUGCAUUAAAUGAUUUUUGGCCACUAGGGGGCAGAAAACCUCCUAAACAAGCUGAUAAUGUACUACUUACAUGUAACAUUACAUAAUCCAAUUUUAGUCUGGCUUCCAGAACCUGAUGAAUGCAAGUGCAUCAUUCACAGGGAUUUUCCUUUCAGAUCCUGAGAAAAAUAUCUGGUCUUUCAAGAUGCUCGACUUCGUGCAAAAACCACCGUUAAUUAAUUAAAUACUCUGGGUAAAGACACUUGCCUCCACAUCUUCUUCUUACAUGUCCUGAUUGAUUGUUACAGUGAUAUUCAGAUGUUUUAACUUGAUGUGAACCAGUUUAAAGUGGAACAAACUGGGCUUCUUAGGUUCCUUGAUGCCAAGGAUUGGGGGCAAACUUUUUGUUGUUUGUUGAACCUGAAGCCUACAGGUACCACAUUUAACACCUGUUCUCCUUAAAUUACACACAUUUGAUGCUAAUGUACUAAUGUAAUAUCUAAAAUUAUUACUCUGUUGGAAAAAAAAAGUGUGAAAAUACUCAAAUCUCCAUCUUUUCUGCAUUCAAAAGGUUGUGUAUAUAUUGUAUAAUCUGCCUGCCAUUUCACUCAAACAUUAAUAAAAGACUUUCAAUACGUUCACUAUUCCAUAAUGCAUUUAUUUUUUCCCCCAACAUUUAAAAAUAGCAUUUACUAAACAUAAGCAGACAAGACUGUGCAUAGCUGCACCUCUGUACAACAUUUUUGUAUCUUGACACCAUAAAUAAAAAUCUAUAAACAUCAGUUAAGUAAAAAGUCUGUCUUAAGAUCCAUUAAAGACGCACAAAAAUAAUAAUUUUACAAAGUAACCCCCCCUUCCUCCAUUCAUUAACAUUUACAUCCCAGUUAAAAGCUUUACAGGAGAGAGCCAAAUCAACAGUUCUCCCUUUAGCUUGCUGUACAGAAACAAAGAGCCAGCAGGACACUGAAAAACAAAAUCAUAAGGAAAUUCAUAAACGACAACAUGUGUCCUACAUGUUGUCGUUCAUUCAUUUUUACAUCUUGUCCACCUGCAAACAAGGCCUCCAUCCUGUGGUGCAUCAGCAUCAGAAAGGUCGUAUAUCUGCUUUUGGCAACAUGAGGAAGGACAUGAACAAAAACAAAGAAAUCCCAAAGAGUCUAAAAACAUCGGCUGCAGCAGUGGACACUGAUUAUCCACUAAAGGUUCAAAUGUUACGUGUACUGUUGUUCCUUUCUCCCAAUGCAUUCUGGCUAAAAUGCAUCCACAUGUUGAUUGUUACUGUCCAAAGUUCUGGAUAUAAUCGCAGAAUUUGGGGAAAUGAGCACAAACUCUGAAGUUCAGAUUUCAUGUGACUAUUACGUUCCUAAACUACGAAAAGAUUGUGUCGUUUCUUUGUUGAAUUAUUUGUUUUGUUUGGAUGUUGUGUGUCGAUGCCACACUACUGUCUAACAUGUAAUCACUUCUCAGCAGCUGACAAGUUUAGUUUUUUUUUUUUUAUUUACUCA